CAGAGCCGUUUCCAUUUUCUUGUGAAAGUUAGCUCGCUGCUGUGCCCGGAGGGAGGGAGAUGUGGAGGCUGAAGGUGUCGGAGGGCGGCGGCCCAUGGCUGCGGUCGGUGAACAACUUCCUGGGCAGGGCGGUGUGGGAGUUCGACCCCCACCACGGCACGCCGGAGGAGCGCGCCGACGUGGACAGAGUGCGGCGGGAGUUCACCGAGAACCGCUUCGAGAAGAGGGAGUCACAGGACCUCCUCAUGCGCAUGCAGUAUGCCAAACAAAAGCAUCUUCAGGUGGAUCUUCCAGCCAUGAAGCUUGUAGAUAGUGCAGAAGUCACAGAAGAGACUAUAUUAACAUCACUGAGGCGAGCCCUUAGUCAACACUCUUCUCUGCAAGCACACGAUGGGCAUUGGGCUGGCGAUUUCAGUGGAAUUAUGUUCAUUAUGCCUAUCCUGAUAUUUGCUCUACAUGUUACUGGAACACUCAAUGCGGUUUUGUCAACAGAACACCGCCGUGAGAUUUGCCGAUAUAUAUAUAACCAUCAGAAUGAAGAUGGUGGUUGGGGUACGCAAGUAUUGGGGCCGAGCACCAUGUUUGGAUCAUGCUUAAACUAUGUUACCUUAAGGCUUCUUGACGAGGUGGAUAAUAAUGCCUUGACCAAGGGACGUGCCUGGAUUCUAUCGCGUGGAAGUGCAGCUGCAAUACCACAAUGGGGAAAGAUAUGGCUCUCGGUGGUUGGUUUGUAUGAAUGGUCUGGAAAUAAUUCAAUCAUUCCUGAAUUAUGGCUCGUCCCACACUUUCUUCCAAUUCAUCCAGGACGAUUCUGGUGCUUUUGCCGGUUGGUUUACAUGCCAAUGUCUUAUCUUUAUGGUAAGAAGUUUGUUGGCCCAAUUACACCAACAAUAUUGGCAAUAAGAGAGGAGGUUUACAGUGUACCAUACCAUGAGAUUGAUUGGAUCAAAGCACGUGACUCCUGUGCUAAGGAAGAUCUUCGCUAUCCACGGUCGUUGCUUCAAAAUGUUAUCUGGACCUGUCUUAACAAAUUUGUAGAACCAGUAUUGAAUUGUUGGCCAGUUAAUAAGUUAAGAAAUAUAGCAUUGAAGAACCUCAUGAAACAUAUACAUUAUGAAGACAAAAGCACUAAAUACAUUGGCGUAUGCCCAAUUAACAAGGCACUAGAUAUGAUUUGUUGUUGGAUAGAGGAUCCAAAUUCAGAUUCACUGAAGUUGCAUCUUCCAAGGAUCUAUGAUUAUUUAUGGCUUGCAGAAGAUGGUAUGAAAGCACAGGUUUAUGAUGGUUGUCAAAGUUGGGAGAUAGCUUUUAUUGUUCAAGCCUAUUGCUCGACAGACCUUGUUAAUGAGUUUGGUCCAACACUCCGGAAAGCCCAUGAGUUCAUUAAAAGUUCACAGGUUCUUGAGGACCAUCCUGACAGCGAAACUUAUUACCGACAUAGAUCAAAAGGUUCAUGGACACUCUCAACAGCGGAUAAUGGUUGGUCUGUAUCAGAUUGUACUGCAGAAGCUCUUAAGGCAUUAUUGUUGCUAUCAAAGUUCUCUCCUAGUCUUGUGGGGGAUCCCAUAAAGGGAGAAAGGAUAUAUGACGCAGUGGAUUGCUUACUUUCUUAUAUGAAUAAAGAUGGCACCUUUUCUACAUACGAGUGUAAGAGAACUACACCUCUAUUAGAGGUUCUCAACCCUUCUGAGACUUUUCUGAACAUUAUUGUCGACUAUCCAUCCGUCGAAUGUACAUCAUCAGUUCUUCAGGCUCUAAUUAUGUUCAAGGAGCUUUACCCGGGGUACCGCAAAGAAGAGAUAGCAAAAUGUGUUAAAAAUGCUUCCAAGUUUAUCGAGGAUAAACAGCGAAAGGAUGGCUCAUGGUUUGGCACUUGGGGCAUAUGUUUCACCUACGGAACAUUCUUUGGUGUAAAAGGAUUAAUUGCUUCUGGAAGAACUUACGAAAAUAGCUUUUCCGUGAGGAAAGCAUGCAAGUUUCUGUUGUCAAAGCAACUAAGAACAGGUGGAUGGGGAGAGACUUAUCUUUCUAGUGAAACUGAGGCUUAUGUGGAGGCUACUGGCCCUCAUGCAGUGAACACUGCUUGGGCAAUGUUGGCUUUGAUUUAUGCUGGACAGGUUGAACGAGAUCCCAUACCACUAUAUCAUGCUGCAAAAGAGCUGAUCAAUAUGCAGCUGGAGACAGGAGAAUUUCCCCAGCAAGAACACGUUGGAUGCUUCAACUGCUCCAUAUACUUCAAUUACGGAAACUAUCGCAACUUAUACCCCAUUUGGGCACUUGGGGAGUUUCGUCGUCGAUUGCUCGCAAAGAACUGAAACCGAUGGACAUGAUAUGUUAUUUAUUGCUUUUAUUAGCCGUACUUGUGUCUGAUACAAAAAGGACGUCAGACAAACUGUAUCUAUGUAAGACAUACAGCAAUAACGCUUAGAAUCAAAGUGACUACGGCGAGCAGCAUACUAUGUUAAGUACUGCAGUGACAUGUCAAUUAUACUUUGCUUUGUAUGGCUUC